AUGAUGUUUCAAACAAUUUUGGUGCUGGCACUACUGGCAAUUCUGCCAUAUGCCACUCCAUCGCCUCUGAGCGAUCGCCCACGCUCAGUCGGUACGAUGACAAGAAGCAUUAUUACAUCAACAAUCACAUAUCCAGACCUUCUAGCGGCAAGGCACAUAACGACUGAAUCACUGCCUGUAGGAACCACCACUACAACCGCUACUACUACAUCCGCCGCCAGUUCUACCACAGAGACCGGCCCCGCCCCGAUUCCAACCAAAACAAAUGUGAAAGGCUGCCAUGUCGAAGGAGUUCCGAACGCAUAUAUGUUAUCGAAUACGUGGGGAAGUUCCCGAGCUUCCGAUGUACUCCUCUGCCAGCUGAAGUGCAUGUACAUCUCGCAAUGCCAGUCCUACUCCUUCCGCGCGCCUUCGACUACUAGAGAGGAUAAUUGCGUCUUCUACCAUAUGUUCAUCACGAGGGGGCCACAAGGCGUGAUUCCAAGUCGGACUAGUGGGAUAUUCUUUUCGGAUAAGUAUCCUGGGGACGGAAGCAAUUUCUGCUACGGCAGUAGAGAGCUUUAA